AUGCCAGAGCUAGGACGUCUGUUCGAACCCGAAUUCCAGAACUCUACACCUCACCAUGAAGCACAUCAAAGCAUCUUCGUAUCUCUUCGAUCGCAACCUUGCAACAACGUCCACGCCGUACGGCAACAAGAUCGAUGUCGAUUUGUACAAGAAACUGAAGAGUGUCGUGAGUCCACGCACUAUAUUGAUUACAUGCAUUUUAUGUUUUGUGUUGUUAACAGCACAAACGUUUUUGUCUUCUCGACCGCGAUCAUUGCUUUGCUCCUGUUCGUGUGUACCCUCGCAACACUAAUUCGUCAUCUUGCCAUUAAUCGGUUCGUCGAUAGCAUUUUAUAUGUUAGUAAAACAUUCCGCUUAAACGAAUACAUUGCCGGUGUUACGCUCCUAACGUACGGUAACGGGUUGGCACAAAUAUUGUCGGAGCUGAAGCAUCACAAAUCCGGUGACACCGAACUGAUCUACAAUCAGUACCUGGGAACGGCCGUCUAUCAGGUUUCGUUUCUUGCGGCACUCGUCAUCUGGAUGGGCCCAUUUACCAUCUAUCCGGAGGUGGUUGUUCCAAACAUUGUAAGCCUUCUGAUCGUAUCAUUGCUGGUGGAGGAAAUUAUGUACGAUGAACAGGUAGGACUCUUUCAAACGAUCAUCCUGGGUGUGUUAUAUGUGGCGUUUCUUAGUGCACUAUACACGGUCGCGUUAAUGAUGGAUCGUGAGGGGAAUCGAUCGAGAAGUCAGAUAGAGGUUCGGGAUGCUGCUGGAAAGCCAGUGGACAUUAUGUUCACUGAAACGGUAACAAACGAGGAAAGAGAUCGAAGUUCUUCUUGGUUGGAACGCUUGUGGAUAGGAAUGAGGACAUUCCAAAGAGAAGAUUUCCGAACGGCCAACUGGUACGAGAGGGUUUAUUUUCUUUGCAGCAUUCCUGUGGAGAUUAUAACUGCUUUACUGUUACCUAAGGUGAACUAUGCUCUACCUUUACACGGGUGGAACAAGUUUUUGUUCAUCAUUAAUCUUAAUUUAUUUCCCUUAUUUGUCAUCUGUACUGCUCUCGUUGAUAUGCUCUCCAGUAGCCAUCUUGGUUGGGUUUGUUUGGGAAGCCUCGUAACAACCUCCAUCCUGAGUGUGAUCGUCUGUGCCACCACUAGUGACGUUCAAAAGCCAUCUUGUUUCACCUUCAUCGGAUUGUUUGCCAUUUUUGGAACAUCGUACCUCAUCAUGCUUCUCUCCUACGAGCUGCUUGCCAUCUUGGAAACGUUAUCAAUCAUCGCGAACAUUUCUCCAGCUUCGUUUGCAAUAACCAUUAUCUCCUGGGCCAGCUGUUGGAUUGACUUGGUCACAUUGAAAGCCCUCGCUGAGCGUGGAUACUCGAGGUUAGGGUUUGCUGGUUGCUUAGGAGCACCCGUUUUCAAUAUACUAGUCGGAUUAUGCACCGUAUUUUGUGUUCAAAUGAUAAGAACUGGAAGCACAACAAUACACGUCCGUGAUGGCACAUCUGGUCCAACUUGUUCGGUGUAUCUGUUCACCAUUUCGUUGACGCUUCUCCUAUCGGUGCUGUUCUCAAGGUUCCAGGCACGCAAAAGUCUCGCCUUCUGCUUGACAACACUUUAUGUCACCUUUAUCACCUACGUCGUAUUAUGCGAGCUGGAGCUAACGCAUGGCUACGGAACGGAUCACAACGAUGAUGGAGAAUAUUUUCAGGAUUUUGUGCCACACCAUUAA